GCGGUUUAGCGGAGGGAAGGUGGGAUCCUGUCUCUAACUGGCUACUUCAUCCCUCUGUCCUGGUCUGGUGUGUAGCCUGAGGGAGCUGUGGUUCUGAUGAGAGCUCUGGGAGUUAGAGCCAGAGAGAGGAGCACCGAGGACCUGCUAUGGCCAGCGGUACGUACUAUAACACUGGCUACUACACUUUCACUAAUAUGUCAACUACAGCUCUGGUCUCUUCUCCUUCCUCCACCUAACCCUCCUGUUUAUCUUGCAGCAGCAGAUGGUGUAGGGAGCCUGGGGAGCCUGGGGGCGGAGCAGCACCUCAGUGUCCAUGACCACGUAGUGAACGACCACGGAGCCUGGGCCACCGCCAUGAACAACCUGGGCAUCGUACCCAUGGGCCUCAGCGGGCAGCAACUGGUCUCAGGUAGGGCAUUGGCAGGCCUCCUUCUCACCCUCCUCCUACCUUAUCCCCCUCUCCUCUGUUUACAAAUUCUUCAUUCUAAUUUUUCAAUAUUGUCGAGGCCAUAAGAAAGGAAAGAGUCCACAGGUUUGGAAACGUUUGAGAAUAUCGUAAAGGCAUCAAGUGAACUUUGCACUUCCAUCAAGAGCCCCAUUAUUCCUAUGAUGGCAUCCUACUCCUCCUUCCCUUCCUCAGCUCCACCCACACAGGGCAGGCCAGUCAACGAUUACCAUAGAACUAGAAUAGAUAGAUACUGUAUAUCCCUGUGGCAGGGAAUCCAGGCUGCAGCAUGCUAUACCAAACCAGCUCUGCCAAUACCUUUACUGGGCAGCAGAGUCGUUAUUAUAUGUUAAACUGUGUUCUAGUCUAUCUGCUGGGGGAUAGUUUGAGGAAGUAAGUAUGCUGAGAUAGAGACAUCGUUCAUACAAUCCCCUUUGUUUUCUUAUGAUACAAUAUUCAGAUGUAUACAAGGAAGACAUAAGAAGAUAUGACCUAAGAUUCGGUAUAUAUUACAAGUCAAAUCCCACAGACUCUACCAUUGUCUUCUGACAAUCAGCAUCGAUAAUCACAACAUUUCCCAAAUUCAGUACACAAUUCCUCAGGCACGUGCCCACUGUAGGAUUGUUCUAAUUGUUGUGUCCCCUUCAGCAGCUAGAUAACAGACAUGAUUAUCUAGACGUUGUUCCCUCCCUGCAGAGUGGCUGACUGAGGAUAGGAACAAUACACUGAAACCUCUGGUCUCUUCUCUAAUGGCCCGACUACAUGUCUGUCUCUACGCUGAUGCUAAUGGUGUUUGUGUGUGUGUGUUUGUGCGUGUGCAUGUGUUUGUGUGUGUGCAUCCUCUUGUAAUUACCAUUAUGACAGCGUAGCCACCGAGGAUAGAGGGAAAUCCGGCUGAUUAAAAUUCAUGAACAGAUUUCAGAUCAUGCAUAUUUAUGGAAUUGUUAUAAGUAGGGAUGGAAGGCUCUGUCAUUUGAAUUGUAUAUUGUGAGUUCCUUUAGUUUUGAGCGGUCUGGGAAAUCAGUCAGGACUGAGGUUCUGGAUGAUUAGCUAAGCUUCUCGCUAGGAGACUUUGCUUAAUAGAUUCUUGCUGGAAAAAAAUGCCUCUGGUCCUUUGCAAUGGAUGACAUUUUGGCGUAUACACACACACAGCCACGGACACAUGUGCACCCGCCCACAUGCACACAAGGUUUGGGCACUUCAAAGAGGACCCAGUCACACUAAGAACUUUGAAAACUAACAGAUUCUUCUCUACCAAUAACAUUAUUAUUAUUAUAUAUAAUGUGGACAGGACUGGAAAGACAGUCUCACACACACACACACACACACACACACACACACACACACACACACACACACACACACACACACGCUGUGAGAACUAGCCUAGUGAGGUUCUUCCAGACCAAUAAGACUAUUAUAACAGCUAAGGAGGACAGGGCUGGAAAAACACUCAGCUUUAAAAUAUCACCAACAUCUGGUUCUAAUAAAAAUUUUGUUCUCAGUCCCCUCAUAUGUUAUUCAAGUAUAUAACAAAAGAAACCACUCUAUGGACUAUUAUAUGGAAAUGUAUGUAAUACUAUAAAUGUAUAACGUAUAGUCUGGGCCUCUGUCAUGAUCCCUGGUGAGUCUGCAGUUAAAAUUGAACCACACUGAUCUCACUUGUAUUAUAUUUUCAGUUAUGGAUUUAUAUUAAAAACGCUAAGCUCCUCCAAAUGUACAGGUCCAUUUUAUUUGGACUUAAUUUCAACAUAUUUCAUGAAAUCCAUUAGCAGAAUUGUUUUCUAUAAGGAUUUGGAUAGUUUCGCUGUGAUCAGUCCCUAUAUAUAGCAGCUUCCCUGCACUCUGAGUUGUCAUUGUGAGAGCUGCAUUGUGAAGUUCAUUAAAUGAGCACACAGGGAGAUUUGGAGGCUGAGUUUGUGUAAACCCUGAAUAACUGAAUACAUGGUUUUAACUCCGGAAAGCUGAGUUUUUUGAAGCAGUGCCUUCUGAAAGUAUUCUCACCCUUUGACUUUUUCCACAUUUUGUUGUGUUACAAAGUGGGAUUAAAAUGGAUUUAAUAUAAUUAUUUUGCCAACGAUCUACACAAAAUACUCAUAUCAAAAGUGGAAGAAAAAUUCUAACAUUUGUAAAAAAAAAUCUAUUAAAAAUAAAACAGUAAUAUAUCUUGAUCAGAUAGAAGGCUGAAAAGAUUUAGCAUGGGCCCUCAGAUCCUCAAGAAGUUCUACAGCUGCACCAUUGAGAGCAUCUUGACUGGCUGCAUCACCGCUUGGUAUGGCAACUGCUUAGCAUCCGACCGUAAGGCGCUACAGGGGGUACAUCACUGGGGCCGAGCUCCCUGCCAUCCAGGACCUCUAUACCAGGCGGUGUCAGAGGAAAGCCACCCAAGCCAAAAGCUAUGUUUCCAUUAACUUGUGCAGUGAUUUUUUGUUGACAUUUAGAAAGUUCGCAUAGAAAAUAGAUGCAUCAAUUUCCUGCUAGGGUGCAUUUCCAUUUAACUAUUGUGUGUCGAUCAAAACAGCUGGACGUAAUGAUAUCAACCCCCCCCCCCCAAAAAAAAAGAAGCAUAAAUGUAGUGGUUGAAGUGUUUCCAUUACCCACUUAGAUAAAUUACGCAUUAAUAAAUUGGCGACACCUAUCUGUUUCAUGUCUGAGGUAGCCUGCGAAAACCAACAUGGAUAGAAUGCAAUAAUUUACAAAUAUUUGCCAUAUCCUAAUAAUUAUCAUGUGCCAAUGUAUCGCCACGGUCUGAGCCAUGGUGAAACAUGCACUCCUGUAAAUCUGAAAUAAUUGGAAGGGAAACUUGCCAGCCAACCAGAAAAGCAAGGCGAAGCAAUUCAGGCAUUCGGUUUGGAGCGUUGGGCCGGUGGCCGAGAGGUGGCUGGUUCGGGUCCCCGAUUCGACUAGGUGGGGGAUCUGUCGAUGUGCAUUUGGGCGGGGCGCUUGACCCUGGUUGCUCCUGUGGGUCGCUCUAGAUGGGAUUUUCUGCUAGAUGACUGGAAUGUGAUGUAAAUGUUGAGCGGCUUCACUGCAGGUAGAUUGUAUGUUUUAAAAUUCCAUAAAAAUAAAUCAAUAAAUCAGGCAUUCUUGAAAGUCAGGACAAUCUUUGUCCUGCAAAGAAACAUUAUUUUUAUAGUUGAAAAAGUGAUUUUGCAAGCAGUAGGCCUAGGCAUUUAGAAUUAAAUAUGGAGUGGAGCGUUAUAGUUACGCGGUGACAUCAUAUGCCUGCCUACCUUCAAAAUGAUUCGGCAUCAUCAUUUAUUAGAAAAACACAAUUUCCAUCAUCAUUUGUCGCAAUAAAGAAAGUUAGACAAAAGAAAAAUCACCCCUGUCGAACAGAUAACAUUUUUGUUGAUCUUUAGAAAAUGUCUCCUAUAUCUACAUGUUAAACCCUAUUAUUGCACAUGCAACUUAUUAUGUGACUUGUUAAGCAAAUGUAUAUUCCUGAACUUAUUUAGGCUUGACAUAACAAAGGGGUUGAAUACUUAUUGACUAAAGACAUUUCAGCUUUUCAUUUUUAAUUAAUUUGUAACAAUUUCGGGAAAACAUAAUUCCACUUUGACAUUAUGGGGUAUUGUGUGUAAGCCAGUGACAAAAAAUCUGAAUUUAAUCAAUUUUAAAUUCAGGCUGUAACACAACAAAAAGUGGAAUAAGUCAAGGGGUGUGAAUACUUUCUGAAGGCACUGUAGGACUGUUAUUACACUGGGGGGAAAAUAUCACUGCAUUGAGUGUGCUAGAUUUUGUACUUUCUUAAGUGUGACUGGAAAGUCAAGGCAGAGUUUGACUGGCUGAUUUGAUUGGUUUCACCCUAUCCAACCCUCUCAGAUCUGGGAUUACUUGAGGAAAAGAAGGAAGGAAAGAAUCAGAGCGGCCCAUCGUCACUGUGGUUCCAUUGGGUCAGUACUGUACAGUCCUUCUCCUCCUUAAUCAGCUAAGAGACAGCAGGGACGGCUGGACUGGAUCCACCCUCCUUAGAGCCAAGGAAAAGACAGAUUAAUACUGAUAUCCUCCUGGAGCACAGAACUCAGGUCCAAGAGAGAGAGAUGGAGAGAUCUGGAAUGAAAGAGAGAGAGGGAAAGAGACACUGGGGGACAGUUCAGAGACUGGGGGAGAGAGAGAGAAGAAAAUGAGAAAGCUAAUGGGGGUUACAGAGUGUGUGUGAUGGAUGACAUCUCACCUUCACGGUAAUUAAGAGCAGCUGUUUCCUGAGGGGAGAUCCAGAGCCUAGUGAACCCAGUGGCCGCCCACACAAACCUGCUGAGGGGAGAGAACAGAGGGAGGGAGGAAAGGAAAAGAGAGAGAGAGAAAUUAAAUGAUGAGAAAAACAAAGUGUGAACUCUCUCCCCCUGGCAGACGUUAACAGAGCGUGGCCGGGCCCAGGGAGGAAAACUAACAGCCUUUAAUUAUUUUCACCAGGAGGGUAAAAGAAAGAGAGGAAAAUAAAAACAGCAUUAGUUGAUGAUGAAUGUGGUGAGAGGAGACAUGUCAUUUACCUUUUAGGAUUACACAGAGAACACUUGAAUUAGUUUUCCACAGAUCCACAAUCUCAGAUUACACAUGAUAGUGAUUCGGGAGAUUUAUGGGAGAUAAUCUUCUAGAUUUCUUUUCUCUCUCUUUUCUCUCUCCAGCCUCAAGGACUUGCAGCUUCUCUUAAAAACUCCUUCUCUGUAAUAAAACACACUUGAGUUAUUCACAGCGCCAGACACUUUCUUUUCGAGGCUUCGCCAGACACAGCCAGUAUAGAAGCAGGACUUAUUUGCUUUGCAGCCUCUUUAGAACAGCAAAUAUUGCAAUGUAGGAACUUAUGUUGAGCACUGGAAUCUUUCUGAUAGCAUCACAUAGAAUCAAUCUCACUCCUACACACGCACUCUUCACACUCACCUGCUGGCAAACUUAAAUCUGCUGUGAGGACUUGAUUAAUGAUUUCAGUUCUGAUUCUACAUUCUUAUAUUUAUAUCUGUAUCCCUGACUAUAUGUAUCCCUGACAAUCUAAAUCCCUGACUAUCUGUAUCCCUGACUAUCUGUAUCCUCACAGUAGCGACAGGCUUGUCUGACAGCUGCAGUCAGAUUGGUUUCUACUCUAAUUGUAGAUCAGUGUCUGUUCUCUCGCUCAGACCCUGUGUGACUGUAUAGGGCCUGAGAAAGCAGCCAGGGAGAUUUCUGCUGAUGUCUUGUCCAUUCUACCACUCUCAUCUUGUUGUGUUCUGAAGAUAUGAAUAGGCUGUGUCCAUCUAUCUCUGUCUCUGUCUCUGUCUCUGUCUCUGUCUCUGUCUCUAUCUCUAUCUCUAUCUCUAUCUCUGUCUCUGUCUCUGUCUCUGUCUCUGUCUCUGUCUCUGUCUCUGUCUCUGUCUCUCUCUAUCUCUAUCUCUAUCUCUAUCUCUAUCUCUAUCUCUAUCUCUAUCUCUAUCUCUAUCUCUAUCUCUAUCUCUAUCUCUAUCUCUAUCUCUAUCUCUAUCUCUAUCUCUAUCUCUAUCUCUAUCUCUGUCUCUGUCUCUGUCUCUGUCUCUGUCUCUGUCUCUGUCUCUGUCUCUGUCUCUGUCUGCACCUCUCUUCUGCUCUCUUCCUCUCCUCCAGACUAACUUUUCUUCUCUUCCCUCUCUCCUCCAGAUUCUAUCUGUAUCCAGGGUUUUGACCCAGGGUUGGGUCUCUUAGCUCCCAUCAACCCCAUGAUGGCAGGUAUCAGCCUGGUCCCUCCUCCCCCUGGUCCCCCUGAGAUGCCCAUCAUCAAGGAGAUCAUCCACUACCAGAGCUGCACCCUCUUCCCUCAGAACCCCAGUAAGACUCACACACGCACCAACACACAUCCAUGUGCACACACACACACACACACAUACACAUGGACGCACACACACACGGACACACUCACUCUUGCAUGCUUUUCUAUCCUUUUUGUCUAAAUGAGUAUAAAUGCGUUCAGAUAUUGACUGUCCGUAAUAUGGUCAAAGGAAUUGCCACUAGAUGUGACCUGAGCAUGUAUGUUGUUCCAGACCUGCCUCCUCCGUCAACACGGGAGCGGCCCCCAGGGUGUAAGACGGUGUUUGUGGGGGGUCUGCCUGAGAAUGCCAGCGAGGAGAUCAUCAGGGAGGUGUUUGAUCAGUGUGGUGAGAUCAUUGCCAUCAGGAAGAGCAAGAAGAACUUCUGUCACAUCCGCUUCAGUGAGGAGUUCAUGGUGGACAAGUCCCUCUACCUCUCUGGUCAGUACUAUACAAUACCAAUACUAUAUCUAUACACACAACUUAUAUACAAUGCUGUCUACCUCUCCGGUCAAUACUAUACUAUACUACUGUAUACUAUACUUUAAUAUACUACUGUAUACUUUACUAUACUAUACUAUACUACUGUAUGCUUUACUUUACUAUGCUAUACUUUACUUUACUAUUGUAUGCUAUACUAUACUCUACUACGCAAAUGCUAUGCUAUACACACAACAUAUAGACACAAUCCUCUACCUCUCUGGUCACUGGUCAGCAUAACUACUGUAUAUGUUUGCAGCAGUUUUAAAGUAUUCAGUUUUAAUAGAAUAUGUAUUAACAAUAUGAAUAUGAAUAUGUGUCCUGAAGUUCAACACUUAAAGCAGAAGAGAGAAAUUAAAUGAUAACAACUAUGCAGGCUGGAGCCAAAAUAAAUAGAAUGUAGCUAUGCAGGCUGGAGGUGAAAGAAAUAGACUGUAGCUAUGCAGACUGGAGGUGAAAGAAAUAGACUGUAGCUAUGCAGGCUGGAGGUGAAAGAAAUAGAUUGUAGCUAUGCAAGCUGGAGGUGAAAGAAAUAGACUGUAGCUAUGUAGGCUGGAGGUGAAAGAAAUAGAUUGUAGCUAUGCAGGCUGGAGGUGAAAGAAAUAGACUGUAGCUAUGCAAGCUGGAGGUGAAAUAAAUAGACUGUAGCUAUGCAGGCUGGAGGUGAAAGAAAUAGACUGUAGCUAUGCAGGCUGGAGGUGAAAGAAAUAGACUGUAGCUAUGCAGGCUGGAGGUGAAAGAAAUAGACUGUAGCUAUGCAAGCUGGAGGUGAAAUAAAUAGACUGUAGCUAUGCAAGCUGGAGGUGAAAGAAAUAGACCGUAGCUAUGCAGGCUGGAGAUGUGAAUAUGGAUAGUUGAAAAUGUAGAGUUUGUCCUUUUGGUUUGCUAAUGGUCUUUGUGGUGGUACGUGGGGUAGAGAAUGUAGGCAUUUGUAAUAUUGUAUACUUUGAUUGUAUCUGACUGUAUGAGUAUGAGUUUACAUGACUGGAUACACAAUUUGUGUGUUGUGUGUUUGUCUGUGUACAUGUGUAUAUAUGUGUCUGUGUGUGAGUGUGUUGAAUGUACAGUGGGGAAAAAAAGUAUUUAGUCAGCCACCAAUUGUGCAAGUUCUCCCACUUAAAAAGAUGAGAGUGGCCUGUAAUUUUCAUCAUAGGUACACGUCAACUAUGACAGACAAAUUGAGAAAAAGAAAUCCAGAAAAUCAUAUUGUAGGAUUUUUAAUGAAUUUAUUUGCAAAUUAUGGUGGAAAAUAAGUAUUUGGUCACCUACAAACAAGCAAGAUUUCUGGCUCUCACAGACAUGUAACUUCUUCUUUAAGAGGCUCCUCUGUCCUCCACUCGUUACCUGUAUUAAUGGCACCUGUUUGAACUUGUUAUCAGUAUAAAAGACACCUGUCCACAACCUCAAACAGUCACACUCCAAACUCCACUAUGGCCAAGACCAAAGAGCUGUCAAAGGACACCAGAAACAAAAUUGUAGACCUGCACCAGGCUGGGAAGACUGAAUCUGCAAUAGGUAAGCAGCUUGGUUUGAAGAAAUCAACUGUGGGAGCAAUUAUUAGGAAAUGGAAGACAUACAAGACCGCUGAUAAUCUCCCUCGAUCUGGGGCUCCACGCAAGAUCUCACCCCGUGGGGUCAAAAUGAUCACAAGAACGGUGAGCAAAAAUCCCAGAACCACACGGGGGGACCUAGUGAAUGACCUGCAGAGAGCUGGGACCAAAGUAACAAAGCCUACCAUCAGUAACACACUACGCCGCCAGGGACUCAAAUCCUGCAGUGCCAGACGUGUCCCCCUGCUUAAGCCAGUACAUGUCCAGGCCCGUCUGAAGUUUGCUAGAGUGCAUUUGGAUGAUCCAGAAGAGGAUUGGGAGAAUGUCAUAUGGUCAGAUGAAACCAAAAUAUAACUUUUUGGUAAAAACUCAACUCGUCGUGUUUGGAGGACAAAGAAUGCUGAGUUGCAUCCAAAGAACACCAUACCUACUGUGAAGCAUGGGGGUGGAAACAUCAUGCUUUGGGGCUGUUUUUCUGCAAAGGGACCAGGACGACUGAUCCGUGUAAAGGAAAGAAUGAAUGGGGCCAUGUAUCGUGAGAUUUUGAGUGAAAACCUCCUUCCAUCAGCAAGGGCAUUGAAGAUGAAACGUGGCUGGGUCUUUCAGCAUGACAAUGAUCCCAAACACGAAGGAGUGGCUUCGUAAGAAGCAUUUCAAGGUCCUGGAGUGGCCUAGCCAGUCUCCAGAUCUCAACCCCAUAGAAAAUCUUUGGAGGGAGUUGAAAGUCCGUGUUGCCCAGCGACAGCCCCAAAACAUCACUGCUCUAGAGGAGAUCUGCAUGGAGGAAUGGGCCAAAAUACCAGCAACAGUGUGUGAAAACCUUGUGAAGACUUACAGAAAAUGUUUGACCUGUGUCAUUGCCAACAAAGGGUAAAUAACAAAGUAUUGAGAAACUUUUGUUAUUGACCAAAUACUUAUUUUCCACCAUAAUUUGCAAAUCAAUUCAUUAAAAUCCUACAAUGUGAUUUUCUGGAUUAUUUUUUCUCAUUUUGUCUGUCAUAGUUGACGUGUACCUAUGAUGAAAAUUACAGGCCUCUCUCAUCUUUUUAAGUGGGAGAACUUGCACAAUUGGUGGCUGACGAAAUACUUUUUUCCCCCACUGUAUCUGUAUGGUUGUGUUUAGUGUAUCUGACCGCUAACUGCCAUGUUUCUCCAGGCUACCGGAUGCGUAUCGGCUCCAGUACAGAUAAGAAGGACUCAGGGAGGAUGCACGUGGACUUUGCUCAGGCCAGAGACGACCUAUAUGAGUGGGAAUGUCAACAGAGGCUGCUGGCCAGGGAGGAACGACACCGACGCAAGAUCAACGAAGACUUCCUCCGCCCGCCCUCGCCACCUCCCAUCAUGCACUUCUCCGAGCAUGAGGCGGGACAGCUGGCGGAGAGAUUGAAAGGUGAGUGGACCAAUGAGCAUGAUGUGUGUGUAUGUCACCCCCACCCUCUACCACUAUGUCCAGCUGUGCCUCUAGCUGCUGGCUGCCGCUGUGUGUGCUGCGUGUGCUGCAGGUGGGCCAUGGUGGUGGAUAAAUGUGUGUAAUGGUCCAAACUGCACACUGUUUUACAGAGCCCGUCCUAAUUUACAGUAUAGGAAUAAUCUAUAAUUAUUGUCUUAGUAUCAUAUAGAGCAAUGUACCAUUCCUCUGUCAUGUCAAAUUGAUAAGAAAUGUCAGACGGAAUUACCUAUGAAAAUGGUUACAUUACCGUUUACAUUUAUCAUUUCUCAUAUAAUCUAAAUGAGUUAUUGAUCUAAAACACUGUCUGCUAGAACUCUCUGACACACUACACAUCCUCUAUCUGCAUGAGAAGUACAGUCAUGGCUAUCAUUUUCCUUCCUUAUAACACCCUCAAUACUGUUAUUAUAACCCAGUAGCAUUACCUUAAUAUGUGGAUCUGAAAUCCUUCCUGGACAGAGAGCUAGUGUAAUGACAUCAUGCUGUGUUAUCAUCUGUUCUUUACUUAACAGACAGAGAGAUGUAAAUAACCUGAGGCAGAGAGAAAGGGAGUGAGGGAUGAAUUGUGGAGGUGAUGUAGAAAAAGAGAGGAGUGAGAGAUGAGGGAUGAGCUGUUGCACAGGUGUGUGGAGGUCAAUGCUCAACCUCUUAAAUCCUUUCUUCUUUUAUCUUCACCCUCUCCUCCCUCUGUUCCCUCUCCUCCCUCUGUUCCCUCUUCUCCCUAUGUUCCCUCUCCUCCCUCUCCUCCCUCUGUUCCCUCUCCUCCCUCUACUCCCUCUACUCCCUCUGUUCCCUCUCCUCCCUCUCCUCCCUCUCCUCCCUCUGUUCCCUCUCCUCUCUCAGUUCCCUCUCCUCCCUCUCCUCCCUCUCCUCCCUCUCCUCCCUCUGUUCCCUCUCCUCCCUCUCCUCCCUCUCCUCCCUCUGUUCCCUCUCCUCCCUCUCCUCUCUCUGUUCCCUCUCCUCCCUCUCCUCCCUCUCCUCCCUCUGUUCCCUCUGUUCCCUCUCCUCCCUCUCCUCCCUCUGUUCCCUGUUCCCAAGUUUAAUCUGAUAGGGGAGUUUGACUCUGUUGCCCCCUCUACCUCAUCAGCCAUCAGUCAGCUCCAACCCCUACAGCAGUAACAACAGACAUGUCACAUGAACCAUUGGAGGAGUCACAUUGAUACAAUAGAUAUGAGGCAGAGAGUCUUUUUCUCUAUCAUCUCUCAAUGAAGCGUAUGAUAAUGUGAUGGGUCACGGCUGGGAGAUGUCAUGCUGUGUUCUCACCAGUUACCACCCCUCCCACCCCCCUCCCCUUAUUGUACACCCCUUCCUUCCCUUCAUCACAUUCCCUGGAGCUCAGAAUUCCUAGAUUUCUUUGUCACGCUGGUGGGAAAUGUGUGUCGUCCUGCCUCCUCAUUCCAAUCGCUGAUGCUUCAUUUCUUUUCCCAUUCUGUGCUUUCCUGCUAAUAUUGCUUCUCUCUUUCUCUCUCUCUGUGCGAUCUUCCUUGUCCCCCUAUUCUGUUCAGAGCGGUGUUUGAAAGUGUUCUGUUUCUUCAUAAUCAUAUUCAUUCAAACAGCCUCUGGUUAAUGCUUUUACAUUCUCAGGCGGGUAAAUACCUUAAUCAUAUUCAUUACAACAUUACAGAGCAUUACUCUGUCUCUCUCUCAACUCACAUACAGCUGCUUCUAUGAAGGGAUGCUUAAAGCCUUCACACUGAGGCUGCAGCACUAGAGACUGCCUGACUGUUGGUCACAAUAGAUGACAGAGAGAGAGGAGGGGAGCGAAGAGGGCGAGCCAGAGUGUGUGUGUCUUUAUAUAUGAGUGAGUCUGUGUCACACACAUAUCAAGCGAUGAGUAGGUAAACGCUCGCACAAAAUAAAGAAAGGUUUACGCUCCACUACACCACUGGCUAUUACUACAGAGAUGUUUAGUUCUCCAAGAAGCUUUUCAUUACACAUAGCCAAACACAGAGAGAUAUUUUGCUUUGAUUAUUAAUUGAAAAGGCUAGGGAAAUAGACUUCCAUUAUUCCCUGUGUUGUGCUGGCCCGCAAUACCUUCAUGUGACUUCUCUAUAAUAUGAUUGUAUGAUUGUACUCUGCAGGCUCUUCUGAAUAGGACUAGAGCUGUGCGGUGAAAAGUGUUUUCAGCCAAGUGACAGUGUGCUCUCAGGUCAUGUUGCAGUGGGUAUUGAGCUCAUUAAACGAUUUCUAAUUCACUCUGUGCUGUGCGAUCAGACGCGGCUCUGUGGCACUUUUCAAUUAUUAUUCAAAUGUGAAGAAUACAUUCAACAAAGGCCCACCGAGACACAGACAGUUAAAGAGUCUAUGCUCACUCAACAACUCGUUUCUGUUGAUUCCAACCCAGAAAUGCAUUUUGUGUUGAGAACGGACUGUGUGGUCUCAUCCACUCAGAAGAUAUGAAACAGUCUGAUAGUUAAUCUCCCCAUGCUGUUCUGUUCCUGUGCACUGAAGCAUGAAGGAAAGAGAAAUAUCAUUUCUUUAAAGUACAUGGCCGUAUACACUGAACAAAAAUGUAAAUGCAACAUGUAAAGUGUUGGUCCUACUUGUCAUGAGCAGAAAUAAAAUCAAAUUUUCCAUACGCACAAAAAUAUAAUUUCUCUCAAAUUUUGUGCACAAAUUUGUUUACAUCCCUGUUAGUGACCAUUUAUACUUUGCCAAGAUAAUCCAUCCACCUGACAGGUGUGGCAUAUCAAGAAGCUGAUUAAACAGCAUGAUCAAUUCACAGGUGCACCUUGUGCUGGGGACAAAGAAAGUCCACUCUAAAAUUUUACGUUUUGUCACACAACACAAUGAGGGAGGGAGCGUGCAAUUGACAUGCUGACUGCAGGAAUGUCCACCAGAGCUGUUGCCAGAUAAUUUAAUGUUCGUUUCUGUACCAUAAGCCGCCUUCAACGUUGUUUUAGAGAAUUUGGCAGAAUGUCCAACUGGCCUCACAACCACAGACUACAGUUUGCACAACUGAAGAAUUUCUGCACAAACUGUCAGAAAUCGUCUUGGGGAAGCUCAUCUGCGUGCUCGUCGUCCUCCCCAGGGUCUUGACCUGACAGCAGUUCGGCAUCGUAACCGACUUCAGUGGGCAAAUACUCACCUUCGAUGGCCACUGGCACGCUGGAGGUAUCUGUGGUAUCUGUGACCAACAGAUGCAUAUCUGUAUUCCCAGUCAUGUGAGAUCCAUAGAUUAGGGCCUAAUGAAUUUAUUUCAUUUGACAACUUUCCUUAUACUGUCUGAACUGUAACUCAGUAAAAUCUUUGUUGUUGCAUGUUGCAUUUAUAUUUUUGUUCAGUGUAGCUUAUUUCAAGAAAUACCAAAGUGCAGUUUCGUAGGCUUUCAGUUUCACGGUUUAAAAACCUUACCCUAAAUCUUCUCCUCUCCUCUCGCUCUCCUCCAGAUGACCAUAAGUUCAGCGAGGCGACUGCAGUCCUGUUCACGUGGAUCGACCAUGGUGAGGUCAACCGGCGGUCAGCCAAUCACUUCUACUCUAUGAUCCAGUCGGCCAAUAGCCACGUCCGGAGGCUGAUGAGUGAGAAGGCCCAGCACGAGGAGGAGAUGGAGCUAGCUAAGGAGACGUUUAAAAAUGCCCUGCUGGCCAUACUGACUCAGUGUAAGCAUCUAACUAGACACACUAUACACUACCUGUAACACUUAAUUCUCAUAAACCCUUCCUAGACACAGUGCACUACAGGUACCUUUCACAUAGCACUAAAGGCCAGUUGUUCUAUACAGCUGUACAGUGAUAAGCCAGUAGUUGGGGAGGGUGACACUAGUCAGAGACCAGACAGAGGUAAGUACAGUACAGUGUCCUGAGCGUUCUACAGGAGAGGACCAACUGAUCUACCUAACUCCCAGGUAGGCAUCGUAGAACAGUAUCCCUCCAGCAGGCACUCUCAAACAAUGUCAAUGUACAGUAUGGACUGAUAUUGAAAUUAUAUGAAAUACGAUCUGGAAAGACAAUGAGAUGACAACAAGAUUUAUCAACGUCUUAUGACUGUUUAAAUGGUGCUAUUUUGAAUCGUAUUUUUUAUGCUCAACACUGGGAAAUAAAACAGAGCUAUAUAGUCCUCUGGUGUUGCUUUAACAUGAAAAUCCAUGAAGCAAAGUCCAGAGAUACAGAAUCACCAGAAGAGGGGAUGAUGAGGGGAUGUAGUUUUAAUGUUGACAUGGUCACAGUGCACUUGUCCAGUAGUAAUAAUUACACUUUUUAAACGUCCUAUUGUUUAUUGAAGAUGAAUAUGACAGUAUGCAAUCAGAACAGAAAAAAACUUUAAGGGCAACAUUAUUCUACUGGUGGAAAGGAUGGUGACGACUACAGACAAUUCCCAAAAGAGUUAUGAAUGAUUCAUAACAAAUUAAAGACACAUUUUAUGCAAGUUCAAUAGUAUGUCUAGACCUACUUUAUCCAUGAAAACAUUUAGUAUCACAAGCCAGCCACCCAUUGUAGAAUGUUGUCUUUGACAGUCCUGAUGGAACUGAAUCAACAGGUAUGAAAUGUAAGUACUGUACAGCACUGGGGAGGAGACACCAGGUAAUACAAUGACCGGCAUUUAACCAUAUCAGGCCCUACAAACCAACAAAAACAAUGUGUCAAAAUCACAACCCACCCAAUGAUUCUCAAUAUUGUUGCUGUCAGAUGAAAACCUUGUAACUCAGUUAUUUCCAAUGACUCUACGACCAAGAACAUUUAUUCAAAAUAGCUUCUGAAGUUUCAUAAUUGUAUGUUAAUUAAAGCUGGAAUCCGUAGUGGUGAAACUGCCACGUCCGUUUGCGAUAUUACAACAACAAAGACGUUACCUUAACCAACAAUUAUUAUUAUUAUUUUUACAUCAUUGCACAUUAUUGCACGCGUGAUAGAACAUCAGAGUAUGUACUACAGUGUUUUUUACCAAGUGGCCGAAUGCUCCUUUCUUCCUUUCAUAAACAAAACAAAACCAAUAACAAAUGUGCCUGGGCCUACGCGUGGAGCUCUUUCACCUAAUGCAGAUUCCAGCUUUAAUGAGAAAAUGUGGACGUAUUUUUCAAUUUCCUGAAAUGUUUCUGUUUCGUAGAUGAGAGGUUUUUAUCCUACAGCGAUGAUAUGUUGUUGGUGGGUGGUACAGGUAAAUGCAAUGGGGAUCUACUAACCCAGGCUGGCAGGAUGACGCUCCCUAGUGUCUCCUCUGUGUGCUGUUGUGCCUGGGUGGUACAGUAGGAUCUAAGCUCUACAUAAAGCCUUGUCUUGUCUUGACUCCCCUGUUCACCCGAAGUCGAGCAGAUCACGGCUGUGUUCACCGCUGCCUCCAGGCAGAAGGCAUGGGACCAUUUCUCUAAAGCGCAGCGCAAGAACAUAGACAUUUGGAGAAAGCAGUGUGAGGUUGGUACUCUCUCCUUACCCCCUUAUUCCUUGUCUUAUUCCUUGUCAGGUUGACAGACAGACACUCUAGCCGGGUUGACAUGAGUCCUACUGUGUUUCAUGUUGCUGUUGUUACAGACUGCUGUGGCCUCACAGAUACACAGACAGAUGGACAGAUAGAUGGACAGACUGCUGUGGCCUCACAGAUACACAGACCGAUGGACAGACCACCAUGCUGUUCUGAUCUUCUGAUGCUAUGUGUUUCUCUCCUACAGUGCCAUUCGUAUACUGUUUCCUCACAUCGAUGAAACACACACACACACAUGCACCCACACAGAGUUGGCAGGUAGCCUAGCGGUUAGAGCGUUGGGCCAGUUAACCGAAAGGUUGCUUGUUCGAAUCCCCGAGCCGACAGGGUGAAAAAUCUGUAGAUGUGCCUUUGAGCAAGAUUCAAGAUGCAGAACCUUUGUGAAGACUAGUCUAGCUUAUGGUGCCGGAGAAGAUUUAUUCUGUACAUAAUGUUUCUGCCACCGUCUCUUAUGCCCGAAAAGAGCUUCUGGAUAUUAGGACAGCGAUUACUCACCUCAUAUUGGACGAAGAUUUUUUCUUCAACGAGUCGGACGCGAAGGAUAUUCUACAGACACCCGACAAGGCCCAAAUCCCUGUCAUUCGCAUGAGAAAGAGACAGAGAUAUUGUGGACGUAAGUUGGGGUGCCUUUUAAGGAGCCAACGGCGAGCGAGUAAACUGCCUCUUCCAUAACUCCUAUUAGCCAAUGUUCAAUCAUUUGAAAAUAAAUUGGACGACCUAAGAUUAAGGUUAUCCUACCAACGGGACACAAAAAACUGUAAUAUCUUAUGUUUCACCGAGUCGUGGCUGAACGACGACAUGGAUAACAUACAGCUGGCGGGAUAUACGCUACAUCGGCAGGAUAGAACGGCUGACUCCGGUAAGACAAGGUGUGGCGGUCUGUGUAUAUUUGUAAACAACAGCUGGGGCAUAAAAUCUAAUACUAAGGAAGUCUCAAGGUUUUGCUCGCCUGAGGUAGAGUAUCUCAUGAUAAGCUGUCGACCACACUAUUUACCACACAAACCGAUGCUGGCACUAAGAUUGCACUCAAUGAGCUGUAUAAGGCCAUAAGCAAACAGGAAAACGCUCAUCCAGAGGCAGCGUUCCUAGUGGCCGGGGACUUUAAUGCAGGGAAACUUAAAUACGUUCUACCUAAUUUCUACCAGCAUGUUAAAUGUGCAACCAGAGGAAAAAAAACUCUAGACCAGCUUUACUCCACACACAGAGAAGCAUACAAAGCUCUCCCUCACCCUCCAUUUGGCAAAUUUGACCAUAACUCUUUCCUCCUGAUUCCUGCUAAUAAGCAAAAACUAAAGCAGGAAUCACCAGUCACUGUCUUCAUCAAUAAGUGCAUCGAUGACGUUGUCCCCACAGUGACCGUACAUACCCUAACCAGAAGCCAAGGAUUACAGGCAACAUCCUCACUGAGCUAAAGGGUAGAGCUGCCGCUUUCAAGGAGCGGGCCUCUAACCGGGACGUUUAUAAGAAAUCCACUAUACCCUCCGACGAACCAUCAAACAGGCAAAGAGUCAAUACAGGACUAAGAUUGAAUCGCACUACACCGGCUCCGACGCUCAUCGGAUGUGGCAGGGCUUGAAAACUAUUACAGACUACAAAGGGAAGCACAGCCGCGAGCUGCCCAGUGACACAAGCCUACCAGACGAGCUAAAUCACUUCUAUGCUCCUUCGAGGCAAGCAACACUGAAGCAUGCAUGAAAGCAUCAGCUGUUCCGGAUGACUAUGUGAUCACGGCUCUCCGUAGCCGAUGUGAGUAAAACUUUUAAGCAGGUCAACAUUCACAAGGCCGCAGGGCUAGACGGAUUACCAGGACAUGUACUCCGAGCAUGCGCUGACCAACUGGCAAAUGUCUUCACUGACAUUUUGAACAUGUCCCUGACUGAGUCUGUAAUACCAACAUGUUUCAAGCAGACCACCAUAGUCCCUGUGCCCAAGAACACUAAGAUAACCUGCCUAAAUGACUACCGACCCGUAGCACUCAAGUCUGUAGCCAUGAAGUGUUUUGAAAGGCUGGUCAUGGCUCACAUCAACACCAUUAUCUCAGAAACCCUAGACCCACUCCAAUUUGCAUACCGCCCCAAUAUUUCCACAGAUGAUGCAAUCUCUAUUGCACUCCACACUGCCCUUUCCCACCUGGACAAGAGGAACACCUACGUGAGAAUGCUAUUCAUUGACUACAGCUCAGUGUUCAACACCAUAGUGCCCUCAAAGCUCAUCACUAAGCUAAGGACCCUGGGACUAAACACCUCCCUCUGCAACUGGAUCCUGGACUUCCUGACGGGCCGCCCCCAGGUGGUAAGGGUAGGUAACAAUACAUCUGCCACGCUGAUCCUCAACACGGGGGCCCCUCAGGGGUGUGUGCUCAGUCCCCUCAUGUACUCCCUGUUCACCCAUGACUGCAUGGCCAGGCACGACUCAAAAACCAUCAUUAAGUUUGCCGACGACACAACAGUGGUAGGCCUGAUCACCGACAACGAUGAGCCAGCCUAUAGGGAGGAGGUCAAAGACCUGGCCGUGUGGUGCCAGGAUAAGAAUCUCUCCCUCAACGUGAUCAAGACAAAGAAGAUGAUUGUGGACUACAGGAAGAAAAAAAAGAGGGCUGAGCACGCCCCCAUUCUCAUCGACGGGGGGCUGUAGUGGAACAGGUUGAGAGCUUCAAGUUCCUUGGUGUCCACAUCUCCAACAAACUAUCAUGGUCCAAACACACCAAGACAGUCGUGAAGAGGGCACGACAAAGCCUAUUCCCCCUCAGGAGACUGAAAAGAUUUGGUAUGGGUCCUCAGAUCUUCAAAAAGUUCUACAGCUGCACCAUCGAGAGCAUCCUGACUGGUUGCAUCACCGCCUGGUAUGGCAGCUGCUCGGCCUCUGACCGCAAGCCACUACAGAGGGUAGUGCGUACGGCCCAGUACAUUACUGGGGCCAAGCUUCCUGCCAGGACCUCUAUACCAGGCGGUGUCAGAGGAAGGCCCUAAAAAUUGUCAAAGACUCUAGCCACCCUAGUCAUAGACUGUUCUCUCUGCUACCGCACGGCAAGCAGUACUGGAGCGCCAAGUCUAGGUCCAAAAAGCUUCUUAACAGCUUCUACCCCCAAGCCAUAAGAUUCCUGAACAGCUAAUCAUGGAUACCCGGACUAUUUGCAUUGCCCCCACACCCCACCCCCACACCCUCUUUUACGCUGCUGCUACUCUGUUUAUUAUCUGUGCAUAGUCACUUUAACUCUACGCACAUGUACAUAUUACCUCGACUAACCGGUGCCCCCGCACAUUGACUCUGUACCGGUACCACCUGUAUAUAGCCUCCCUACUGUUAUUUUAUUUUACUGCUGCUUUAAAAUUAUUUGCUAUUUUAAUUUGUUACUUAUCUAUUUUUUACUUAACACUUUUUUUAUUUUCUUAAAACUGCAUUGUUGUUUAAGGGCUUGAAAGUAAGUAUUUCACUGUAAGGUCUACACCUGUUGUAUUCGGCGCAUGUGGCAAAUAACAUUUUAUUUUAUUUUAUUUAAUUGCUCCAGGGUUGCUGUUUAUUAUGGCAGACUCUGGCCGUGACAUUGGAAAUGUGUUUUUUGCAUAUUCCAACUCUCCCUGAGACACCCUCAGGGAGUGGGGAUAUGCAAAAAAAACACAUUUCCAAUUCACACUUGUAAAUAGGACAAAUAUAAGCACCCAUCAAAUUAUUUAUUUUAUUACACCCACAAGCGCAGAUGUAACCUUCUAGAAAGUGUGAGCGGGUGCUUUGGUAUCAGAGGCUUCCAGGGUUAAGACUCAGAUCAAUAAUUCAUUGGGAGUAUAACGAGUCAGCAUUCUGGAAUAUUCAUUACGUAAGGGAUAAUCAACGAGGGGCUAUGCAUUCUCUGGAAAAUAGUGCACGACGUGGAAGGUGUGUUCCACGACGCGUUAGUGGAGUGGAACCCACCUUCCACAGAGUUGCAUUAUUUUCCAUAGAACACAUAAAGCCCUGAGUUGAUUAUCAAUUUUAUACCAUGGCAAGAAAUUAACAUAUUUGCCGCUAGAAAUGUAUUAAUUUGGCAGUAGAAAUGUGACAACAUCCACUGAAGUAGCUUUACUAGCUAGCUAGAUAGCUACAGUAGUUGCCGUGGUAACCAAACAAACAGACUUGUUAGCUUAGCUAACCAAACCAUCAUCCUAUCUUGCUAUUAUUAAAAUCGAAUUAAACUAUGCCAAUAAUGUUUUCAAUUCGACUUUUGCUAUCAAAAGCAGCUCAAAAAUAGAAUGAACUUCAUAGCCAUUUAAUUAUACCGUGCAAUUAUACUGUGCGUUCUAGGGAAACAAUGUAUGCUCUAGAAUGCCCUUCAAACCAAUCAGAAACGAGUAUUCAACAAUGCGAUGGUAUAAAUGUUAGUUAUCACUUUCAUUAGAACUAAACAAAAACAUCCUAUUGAUCUCAUGGAAUUGGAAUCUUUUAGGUUGUAGAAACACUGCACAAACCUGGAUGUGAAAAAUAUAUUAUUAUACACCCCCUUGGUCUUGAUUUGGCCAUUUGGAGACCAUGAAUUGAAAGUAAUGAUAUGAGGAUGUCUGUCUGUGGGGACCAGAGUUAUCAGGACAGAUGUUAACCUAAUAUGACCAUUCAUACUAGGGUUGGGCGGUAUCCAGAUUUUCAUACCUUCAUACCAUACUGUUCCUGUACCAUACUGGGGUAUACGGUAUUACCGGCAGUGCACACAAGUGGCGCUAUUUCUAUCCAAACAUUAAAGAAACGCACAAAACAAAUUUAGGCAGCAGGGAUCCUGAACCAGGAGGGGAUUGAUUGUCUCUGCUGAAACCUAUAAGCUUGAUUUGACCUUGCAAGCUAGCCCCCCCCCCCCCCCCCCCCCCCACCCCGGUAUAUACGGUAUACCGCCCAAGCCUAAUUCAUACUGCAAGCCCUCUAUGUUCAUACAGUACAUGUCUCUAAGUCAAGUCGGUGAGAAAGGAAUCAUCACUAUUGUCAUAGCAACCAGAGGUAAGGCAUUGCUUUGGAAGAAGUGACACACAGUGGAGUGAGUCUUGCUAGAAUGCCACCAUUGUGAAAUCCUUCGUUAAGGGUCAGUAGUAUGCUUGGUAAGUGUUCAAGUAGUUCAAGUAAGGUACUGUAACUCUGCAGCCUGAAGCGUCAUAGAUUAUCUGAAUGACAAAUGGCUGUGAAUUAAUUAGCUACUGAUGUCAGUAUCCACAUCCUCCAUGACAGUAGUAUGAAAUUACAGUUUGAAUAUGAACUGAUAAUGGAGACGGCAGAAAUCAUGAGAUCAGAUACGGCUCUAAAUACCAUUGGUCUUCAUGCCCUACUGUAGCUUCUAAGAAAAAGGCUCUGGCUGGUUCAGUACUGCAGCUCACAGUCACACAUAACAAAGCCCUCCAUCCAACCCUCUCUCCCUUCUCUCUCUUCCUUCUCUUCUCAUAACUCCAUCCCACUCUCCCAUAGCUGAGUCAUUGCUAAGCAUAUUUACUCUAUCUGAGGAGAGAUUUCACAGUGGUGGUAUUAGACAGCCUCACAGCUGAGAUAGUACUAGUUAUCAGAGCAGCUGGAAGAAUGAGAUGAUUUCUAUGCUCUGUCUUUAGCAUGUUUUUAAAAAUGAAUCGUUCAAACUGCCCAUAGGCACAGAUCUAGGAUCAGUUUACCGUACCCCCUAAAUCCUAACCAUAACCCUUGGGGACGUGAAACACAAAACUGAUGUUGGAUCAGUGUCUAAGGCCAAUUUGAUCCUCUUCCACCACAGACUCUGUCCACAGGUACAACAUAUAAAGUUUGUUUUAGAACACAUUACCAGGAGCAGUCUGGUUGAAACCAUUUUUAGACAGGCAUCUGGCUGGGUGUAUAGGACUGAGAAACUGAGGGGUCCUUGUGUUGUGAUGUGACAGGAGCUGAGAAAUGCCCACAGUGAGGAGAUCAUGGGGAUUCGCCGGGAGGAGGAGAUGGAGAUGUCUGACGACGACUCGGAUGAGAGCCCCUGUAAGAAGAUACGCAUGGAGGAAAACGGUAGGACAGACACAAGCCCAAUCCCAAAUCUACGCCUGGCAUAGUCCAUAUCCCCUAGCCCUUGGCCCUUAACCCCUAGCCCCUAGGCACUUGUACCUUUUAAUGAUGGCAGGCCACUGUAGCUCAUAAAUCACCAGACUGCUAAAGUAUACAGUGCCUUCAGAAAUUAUUCAUACCCCUUGACUUAUUCCACAUUUUGUUGUGUUACAGCCUGAAUUCAAAAUGGAGUAAAUAGAUGUUUUAUCUCACACAUCUACACACAAUACCCCAUAAUGACAAAGUGAAACCAUGUUUUUAGAAAUGUUUGCAAAUGUAUUGAAAAGGAAAUACAGAAAUAUCUCAUUUACAUAAGUAUUCACACCCCUGACUCAAUACAUGUCAGAAUCACCUUUGGCAGUGAUUACAGCUGUGAGUCUUUCUGGUUAAGUCUAUAAGAGCUUUGCACACCUGGAUUGUACAAUAUUUGCACAUUAUUAUUUUUUAAAUUCUUCAAACUCUGUCAAGUUGGAUGUUGAUCAUUGCUAGACAGCCAUUUUCAAGAUUUUCAAGACGAUUUAAUUUAAAACUGUAAUUAGGCCACUCAGGAACAUUCAAUGUCGUCUUGGUAAACAACUCCAGUGUAUAUUUGGCCUUGUGUUUUAGGUUAUUGUCCUGCUGAAAGAUGAAUUUGUCUCCCAGUGUCUGUUGGAAAGCAGACUGAACCAGGUUUUCCUCUAGGAUUUUGCCUGUGCUUAGCUCUAUUCCGUCUCUUUUUAUCAUAAAAAACUCCAUAGUCCUUGCCGAUGACAAGCAUUCCCAUAACAUGAUGCAGCUACCACCAUGCUUGAAAAUAUGAAGAGUGGUACUCAGUCAUGUGUUGUGUUGGAUUUGCCCCAAACAUAAUGCUUUUAUAUUCAUGACAUAAAGUUCAUUUCUUUGCCAAAUGUUUUACAGUUUUACUUUAGUGCCUUAUUGCAAAUAGGAUGCAUGUUUUGGAAAUAUUUGUAUUCUGUAAAUGCUUCCUUCUUUUCAAUCUGUCAUUUAGGUUAGUAUUGUGGAUAACAAAAAUGUUGUUGAUCCAUCCUCAGUUUUCUCCUAUCACAGCCAUUAACUGUUUUAAAGUCAUCAUUGGCCUCAUGGUGAAAUCCCUGAGCGGUUUCCUUCCUCUCUGGCAACUGAAUUAGGAAGGACAUCUGUAUCUUUGUAGUGACUGGGUGUAUUGAUGCACCAUCCAAAGUGUAAUUAAUAACUUCACCAUGCUCAAAGGGAUAUUCAAUGUCAGAUUUUUUUUUUUUUUACCCAUCUACCAAUAGGUGCCCUUCUUUGCGAGGCAUUGGAAAACCUCCCUGGUCUUUGUGUGUGUGUAUGUGUGCGUGUGCGUGUGUGCGUGUAUAUGUGUAUUUGUGUGUAUGUUGUGUCUAACCCGCUCUCCCCUCCUCCUCUCCAGGAGUGUGUGGCCAGUCUGGGGCCUCUCUGAGGGAGGAGAAUGACUCUCUGCGCUGGCAGCUGGAUGCCUACAGGAACGAGGUGGAGCUGCUGAGGAAGGAGCAAGGCAAGACCUGCCGCCCUGACGACCCUGAACACUUCCCCGACACACACACACACCUGCUGCAGCAGAGCAUGCACAACAUGCAACAGGUACACACACCUGCUACAGCAGAGCAUGCACAACAUGCAACAGGUACACACACCUGCUACAGCAGAGCAUGCACAACAUGCAGCAGUUACAUUCCACCAUCUACACCUGUAUCAUACUGCACCUGUGAUUACACUAUUGUGAUUGUGAUUAUACCAACAGUAAUUGCAGUGGUGGAAAAAGUACUCAACUCAUACUUGAGUAAGAGUACAAAGUAAAAGUAAAUGCUAUACUGUACAUCAAAUUCCUUAUAUUAAGCAAACCAGACGGCACGAUUUUCUUGUUUUUUUAAAAUUUACGGACAGCCAGGGGCACACUCCAACACUCAGACAUAAUAUGCAAACACAGUAUUUGUGUUUAGUGAGUCCGCCAGAUCAGAGGUAGUAGGGAUGACAACACAUUAUAUUGAUUGGUGUGUGAAUUAGACAUUUCUUUGUUUUUUUUACCCUUAUUUUACCAGGUAAGUUGACUGAGAACACAUUCUCAUUUACAGCAAUGACCUGGGGAAUAGUUGUCCUGCCUGAGCAUUCAGAAUGUGGGCUGGGCAUCCUGAAGAUGCAUGACACUAUAAUUAUAACAUAAAUCAAAUCAAAAAAUGUAACGAGUACUUUUAGGUGUCAGGGAAAAUGUAUGAAGUAAAAAGUACAUAUUUUCUUUAGGAAUAUAGUGGAGUAAAAGUAAAAGUUGUACAAAAUAUAAAUAGUAAAGUAAAGUACAGAUACCCCCCCAAAGAAGACUGAAGUAGUACUUUCAAGUAUUUUUACUUACACCACUGAGUAAUUGAUAAAGCAUCAAUACAAUACAGUGCCAACACUGCCAUCACAUGCUGCAGGUAUUUGGACCGGUGCUUUCACCAGCAAAAGGUCAUAGCACAAGUACAUAGGACACAGAGCAUUAGAGACUGAUGUAUUCUGACUCCUGUCUACCGCAAUCACAAUCCCUCCCUUUACAACCUGACUCAGACAGACCAACACACCACAACACACAGUCACACCUCUGCUUACUGUUGUUCCUGCUUACUCUAGCACUAACACCUUCUGCCACUGGUGUCUCCUCUGUGUUCAUCAUCUUCUCUGUUGUUUUUGUCCUCCCAGCACUGUGUGGUUCUCUCUGUGUCUCUCUAUCUAACUGUGUUGUGGUCUGUUGUGUAACUGUCUAUCUCUGUGUCUCUCUAUCUAACUGUGUUGUGGUCUGUUGUGUAACUGUCUCUCUGUGUCUCUCUAUCUAUCUCUUUUGUGGUCUGUUGUGUAACUCUAACAGCCUCUCUCUGUGUGUCUCUCUCCUCCCAGCAACUGCUGAGUCUGCAGGAGCAGCUGAGGAGUAAGGAGGUGGAGCUGGAGCAGGCUAGAGACGAACACAGAUACCUGCAGGGAGAAGUCCUAGCCCUGAGAGACAAGGUGAGAGAACAUGCACGCACGCACACACAUGCACACACACACACACACACAUACACACACGAGUGUAAACUCAUAUGACUGAGCUAGAUGGAAGGGAGUUAGGGACAUGGUUUUCAUGUAGUGGCAGUCUAGUAUUUAUUUUGGCAGGCUACUAUACAGUAACUGUCUCUUAAAGUAUUCUCCUUAUCUCCCUCCAUAUGUCUUUCUAUUGUUGUUUCUAUGCAAGUGGCUCUCUCUUUCUCUCACUUUCCCUCAGUAGGGGGUCACACGAACGCACACACGCGCACACACACACGCACAUGCACAUGCACACACACAUACUUUGCAUCCCCAGAAGCACUGUACUGUUGCGUGAGAAUAAUACAACCAGUGGAUGGAUGAAUAUCUUUCUGAUUCUAUCUGAUUAUGCUAACUGUUACUGGUGCAUGACUGUUAUUGGACUGAGGUAAUGGGAACAUCAAUAAGAACAGAGCUCCUGUGGAGAAAGAGUGUAUUCAGCUGGAAUCAGAUAGAUGGAUACCUAGAGAGGAUAAAUUGAUUAACAAAUAGAAAGAUAGAUAGAACCUCCAGGGAGGAUAUAUUGUUUCCAUACAGUCUAAAGAUCCUACAUACACUACAUGAUAAUAAUGUGGACACCUGCUCGUCGAACAUCUCAUUCCAAAAUCAUGGGCAUUAAUAUGGAGUUGGUUCCCCCUUUGCUGCUAUAACAGUCUCCACUCUUCUGGGAAGGCUUUCCACUAGAUGUUGGAACAUUUCUGCAGGGACUUGCUCCCAUUCAGCCACAAGAGCAUUAGUGAGGUCGGGCACUGAUGUUGGGCGAUUAGGCCUGGCUCGCAGUCUGCGUUCCAAUUCAUCCCAAAGGUGUUCGAUGGGGUUGAGGUCAGGGCUCAGUGCAGGCCAGUCAAGUUCUUCCACGACAAACCAUUUCUUUAUGGAUCUCGCUUUGUGCACCGGGGCAUUGUCAUGCUGAAACAGGAAAGGGCCUUCCCCAAAUUGUUGCCAAGUUGGAAGCACAGAACCGUCUAGAAUGUCAUUGUAUGCUGAAGCGUUAAGAUUUCCCUUCACUGGAACUAAGAGGCCUAGCCCGAACCAUGAAAAACAGCCCCAGACCAUUAUUCCUCCUCCACCAAACUUUACAUUUGACACUAUGCAUUGGAAUAGGUAGCGUUCUCCUGGCAUCUGCCAAACCCAGAUUUGUCCGUCGGACUGCCAGAUGGUGAAGCGUGAUUCAUCACUCCAGAGAACGCGUUUCCACUGUUCCAGAGACCAAUGGCAGCGAGCUUUACACCACUCCAGCCGAGGCUUGGCAUUUCGCAUGGUGAUCUUAGGCUUGUGUGCGGCUACUCGGCCAUGGAAACCCAUUUCAUGAAGCUCCUGACAAACAGUUUUUGUGCUGAUGUUGCUUCCAGGGCAGUUUGGUACUCGGUAGUGAGUGUUGCAACCGAGGACAGACGAUUUUUAUGCGCUACGCACUUCAGCAUUCGGCGGUCCCGUUCUGUGAGCUUGUGUUGCCUACCACUUCGCGGCUGAGCCGCUGUUGUUGCUCCUAGACAUUUCCACUUCACAAUAACAGCACGUACAGUUGACCGGGGCAGCUCUAGCAGGGCAGUAAUUUUACGAACUGACUUAUUGGAAAAGUGGCAUCCCAUUCUCCUGCCAAUGUUUGUGUAUGGAGAUUGCAUGGCAGUGUGCUCGAUUUUAUACACCUGUCAGCAACAGGUGUGGCUGAAAUAGCCGAAUCCACUAAUUUGAAGGGGUGUCCACAUACUUUUGUGUAUAUACAGUGGGGGAAAAAAGUAUUUAGUCAAAUCAAAUCAAAUCACAUUUUAUUGGUCACAUGCGCCGAAUACAACAGGUGCAGACAUUACAGUGAAAUGCUUACUUACAGCCCUUAACCAACAGUGCAUUUAUUUUAAACAAAAAAAGUAAAAAUAAAACAACAACAAAAAAAAAGUGUUGAGAAAAAAAAGAGCAGAAGUAAAAUAAAGUGACGGUAGGGAGGCUAUAUAUACAGGGGGGUACCGUUGCAGAGUCAAUGUGCGGGGGCACCGGCUAGUUGAGGUAGUUGAGGUAAUAUGUACAUGUGGGUAGAGUUAAAGUGACUAUGCAUAAAUAAUUAACAGAGUAGCAGCAGCGUAAAAAGGAUGGGGUGGGGGGGCAGUGCAAAUAGUCCGGGUAGCCAUGAUUAGCUGUUCAGGAGUCUUAUGGCUUGGUGGUAGAAGCUGUUGAGAAGUCUUUUGGACCUAGACUUGGCACUCCGGUACCGCUUGCCGUGCGGUAGCAGAGAGAACAGUCUAUGACUAGGGUGGCUGGAGUCUUUGACAAUUUUGAGGGCCUUCCUCUGACACCGCCUGGUAUAGAGGUCCUGGAUGGCAGGAAGCUUUGCCCCAGUGAUGUACUGGGCCGUACGCACUACCCUCUGUAGUGCCUUGCGGUCGGAGGCCAAGCAGUUGCCAUACCAGGCGGUGAUGCAACCAGUCAGGAUGCUCUCGAUGGUGCAGCUGUAGAAUUUUUUGAGGAUCUGAGGACCCAUGCCAAAUCUUUUCAGUCUCCUGAGGGGGAAUAGGCUUUGUCGUAACCUCUUCACGACUGUCUUGGUGUGUUUGGACCGUGAUCGUUCGUUGGUGAUGUGGACACCAAGGAACUUGAAGCUCUCAACCUGUUCCACUACAGCCCCAUCGAUGAGAAUGGGGGCGUGCUCAGUCCUCUUUUUUUUCCUGUAGUCCACAAUCAUCUCCUUUGUCUUGGUCACGUUGAGGGAGAGGUUGUUGUCCUGGCACCAUACGGCCAGAUCUCUGACCUCCUCCCUAUAGGCUGUCUCAUCGUUGUCGGUGAUCAGGCCUACCACUGUUGUGUCGUCGGCAAACUUAAUGAUGGUGUUGGAGUCGUGCCUGGCCAUGCAGUCAUGGGUGAACAGAGAGUACAGGAGGGGACUGAGCACGCACCCCUGAGGGGCCCCCGUGUUGAGGAUCAGUGUGGCAGAUGUGUUGUUACCUACCCUUACCACCUGGGGGCGGCCUGUCAGGAAGUCCAGGAUCCAGUUGCAGAGGGAGGUGUUUAGUCCCAGGAUCCUUAGCUUAGUGAUGAGCUUAGAGGGCACUAUGGUGUUGAAUGCUGAGCUGUAGUCAAUGAAUAGCAUUCUCACGUAGGUGUUCCUCUUGUCCAGGUGGGAAAGGGCAGUGUGGAGUGCAAUAGAGAUUGCAUCAUCUGUGGAUCUGUUGGGGCGGUAUGCAAAUUGGAGUGGGGCUAGGGUUUCUGGGAUAAUGCUGUUGAUGUGAGCCAUGACCAGCCUUUCAAAGCACUUCAUGGCUACAGACGUCAGUGCUACGGGUCGGUAGUCAUUUAGGCAGGUUAUCUUAGAGUCCUUGGGCACGGGGACUAUGGUGGUCUGCUUGAAACAUGUUGGUAUUACAGACUCAGUCAGGGACAUGUUGAAAAUGUCAGUGAAGACACUUGCCAGUUGGUCAGCACAUGCUCGGAGUACACGUCCUGGUAAUCCGUCUGGCCCUGCGGCCUUGUGAAUGUUGACCUGCUUAAAAGUCUUACUCACAUCGGCUACGGAGAGCGUGAUCACAUAGUCAUCCGGAACAGCUGGUGCUCUCAUGCAUGCUUCAGUGUUGCUUGCCUCGAAGCGAGCGUAGAAGUGGUUUAGCUCGUCUGGUAGGCUUGUGUCACUGGGCAGCUCGCGGCUGUGCUUCCCUUUGUAGUCUGUAAUAGUUUUCAAGCCCUGCCACAUCCGACGAGCGUCAGAGCCAGUGUAGUACGAUUCAAUCUUAGUCCUGUAUUGACUCUUUGCCUGUUUGAUGGUUCGUCGGAGGUCAUAGCGGGAUUUCUUAUAAGCGUCCGGGUUAGAGUCCCGUUCCUUGAAGGCGGCAGCUCUACCCUUUAGCUCAGUGUGGAUGUUUCCUGUAAUCCAUGGCUUCUGGUUGGGGUAUGUACGUACGGUCACUGUGGGGAUGACAUCAUCGAUGCACUUAUUGAUGAAGCCAGUCACUGAUGUGGUGUACUCCUCAAUGCUGUCUGAAGAAUCCCGGAACAUGUUCCAGUCUGUGCUAGCAAAACAGUCCUGUAGCUUAGCAUCUGCGUCAUCUGACCACUUUUUUAUUAACCGAGUCACUGGUGCUUCCUGCUUUAGUUUUUGCUUAUAAGCAGGAAUCAGGAGGAUAGUCAGCCACCAAUUGUGCAAGUUCUCUCACUUAAAAAGAUGAGAGAGGCCUGUAAUUUUCAUCAUAGGUACAAGUCAACUAUGACAGACAAAUUGAGAAAAAAAAAUCCAGAAAAUCACAUUGUAGGAUUUUUAAUGAAUUUAUUUGCAAAUUAUGGUUACCUGUAUUAAUGGCACCUGUUUGAACUUGUUAUCAGUAUAAAAGACACCUGUCCACAACCUCAAACAGUCACACUCCAAACUCCACUAUGGCCAAGACCAAAGAGCUGUCAAAGGACACCAGAAACAAAAUUGUAGACCUGCACCAGGCUGGGAAGACUGAAUCUGCAAUAGAUAAGCAGCUUGGUUUGAAGAAAUCAACUGUGGGAGCAAUUAUUAGGAAAUGGAAGACAUACAAGACCACUGAUAAUCUCCCUCGAUCUGGGGCUCCACGCAAGAUCUCACCCCGUGGGGUCAAAAUGAUCACAAGAACGGUGAGCAAAAAUCCCAGAACCACACGGGGGGACCUAGUGAAUGACCUGCAGAGAGCUGGGACCAAAGUAACACAGCCUACCAUCAGUAACACACUACGCCGCCAGGGACUCAAAUCCUGCAGUGCCAGACGUGUCCCCCUGCUUAAGCCAGUACAUGUCCAGGCCCGUCUGACGUUUGCUAGAGUGCAUUUGGAUGAUCCAGAAGAGGAUUGGGAGAAUGUCAUAUGGUCAGAUGAAACCAAAAUAGAACUUUUUGGUAAAAACUCAACUCGUCGUAUUUGGAGGACAAAGAAUGCUGAGUUACAUCCAAAGAACACCAUACCUACUGUGAAGCAUGGGGGUGGAAACAUCAUGCUUUGGGGCUGUUUUUCUGCAAAGGGACCAGGACGACUGAUCCGUGUAAAGGAAAGAAUGAAUGGGGCCAUGUAUCGUGAGAUUUUGAGUGAAAACCUCCUUCCAUCAGCAAGGGCAUUGAAGAUGAAACGUGGCUGGGUCUUUCAGCAUGACAAUGAUCCCAAACACACCGCCCGGGCAACGAAGGAGUGGCUUCGUAAGAAGCAUUUCAAGGUCCUGGAGUGGCCUAGCCAGUCUCCAGAUCUCAACCCCAUAGAAAAUCUUUGGAGGGAGUUGAAAGUCCGUGUUGCCCAGCGACAGCCCCAAAACAUCACUGCUCUAGAGGAGAUCUGCAUGGAGGAAUGGGCCAAAAUACCAGCAACAGUGUGUGAAAACCUUGUGAAGACUUACAGAAAACGUUUGGCCUGUGUCAUUGCCAACAAAGGGUAUAUAACAAAGUAUUGAGAAAGUUUUGUUAUUGACCAAAUACUUAUUUUCCACCAUAAUUUGCAAAUAAAUUCAUUAAAAAUCCUACAAUGUGAUUUUCUGGAAUUUAUUUUCUUAUUUUGUCUGUCAUAGUUGACGUGUACCUAUGAUGAAAAUUACAGGCCUCUCUCAUCUUUUUAAGUGGGAGAACUUGCACAAUUGGUGGCUGACUAAAUACUUUUUCCCCCCACUGUAUAGUGUAAAACAACAGCUAUCUGGAUCCUUCUUCUGUUACUAAGAACAUGCUCUAUGCCUCUGAUUGUUACCAGGGUUACCAGUGUGAAUGGUCAGUACUUGAUGUUGGUCUCUGUCUUGAUCUCUGUCUGUCUUGUUCUCUGUCUGUCUUGUUUUCAGAUGCUGACUAAUGGGGAUGUAGUGGUAGUGGAGGGGAACAACGGAGAAACACCUGAGAAGGUCAGUCUGCCCCAACACACACCACUAAACAGUACCCACACAAUACUCUACACACACACACACAUGCACUUAACAUCUCUGUACCCUCUUCUUGAGUGCUUUUAUUGACCCAGCCAGCUAGUGUGAGGAGACGUCAGUGUCUGAUGAUGUUUUCAGAGCAGGGGGGUAGGCCUAUGCAUUAAGGGUGGGGGUGAUAUGGGGGGUAAGUAAAAUAGUGUUUGUGUGUGGAGGGGUUAGGGUUUGUAGUGGCUUACUGUGUAUGUCCCUUGUGCCCUGUGAAAGGCAGACUUGGACUGGAGAAGGAGAGAGGAGAAUCUCAUUGGAGUAACACCAGUAGCACGAGCCACUCUCCUCUCUCUCAUAAAAAUAACACUACCCCAGUGACUACACACACACACAUGGUCGCACGUACACACAAACAGUACAUACAUACACACACACACAUACACACACACACACACACACACACACACACAGAGACAGACACGUGUGCUGAACUUUAUUCUACCCCUGUAGUUACUGAACUGGAAGCUGAUACCCAUCUGAGAGCUGAUACCCAUCUGAUAGCUGAUACCAUGCAGUAGUAUCAGUUCCCAUUGCAUUUGUGUGUCUAUAAGGACUAACACAGCAUUGUGUGUGUGUAUACAGGUAGUGAACGGGUGUGCGACCACUCUGUACCGCAGCAGAGACAGGAGGAGUGAAGCAACCAUGAGAGGAGCCCUCACAUCAGAGAGAGAGGCUCUGCUACUGGGUGAAUAUCAUCUACUAUGUAUAUUAGACACUCUUUACUGGAAAGCAUAUUGUCUACAUUGUCUCCUUUUCUUCUGUAAUAGUCAUCUGACUGGGAGUGUUUUAAUGGUUGGGGUUAGGCUGAGGGUACGGGGUGGAUUGGUACAUGUUGGAGGGGGGCCAAUGUUUAAUGGGGCCAAAUGGUUUUGAAACAGCCCACGCCUGUCUGUCAUGUUCUUGGAUGAAGAACCCAAGGACCGGGAUGGGGGGUUGGAUGGAGGGGGACUCAGGGGACAGGUACUGUGGGUCUGCUUGCCAAGCAGGACUCUGCUGACCCUGGCCACACACACAUAGAAUAAUCCCCUAUACACACACACACACGCAGGCACGCGCACACACACAAACAUUAUUUCUCCCGGCUGCACACAGCGGUGCUGUGGUUGUGUUCUCACACAGAAACACACUCCAUCCACACAGAAACACACUCCAUCGUAGGGCACUGGGGACACAGUGACAGACGAGGACGCCGUCAGCCAGAACAGAAGAAAAGACGAACCGGUUCCAGGAGAGAGGAGAGAAAGAGACUGACUGGAGAACACAAAUUGACUAAUUCUCCCGUGGCUCUCCUCUCCCUCUCUCUCCUCCCCUUCUAUCUCUCUCCCUCUCUCCUCCCCCUCUACCUCUCCCUCUCUCUCCUCCCCCUCUACCCCUCCCUCUCUAUUUCUCCCUCUAUCUCCUCCCCCUCUAUCUGUCUCCCUCUCUCCUCCCCCUCAACCUCUCCCUCUCUCUCCUCCCCUCUAUCCCUCCCUCUCUCUCCUCCCCCUCUCUCUCUCCUCCCCCUCUACUGCUCGCUCACUCUCCUCCCCCUCUAUCUCUCUCCCUCUCUCCACCCACUCUACCUCUCCCUCUCUCUCCUCCCCCUCUAUCUCUCUCCAUCUCUCCUCCCCCUCUACCUCUCCUCCCUUUAAGCUCCCAGAAAUACAGUGGGGGAAAAAAGUAUUUAGUCAGCCACCAAUUGUGCAAGUUCUCCCACUUAAAAAGAUGAGAGAGGCCUGUAAUUUUCAACAUAGGUACACGUCAAAUAUGACAGACAAAAUGAGAAAAAAAAUCCAGAAAAUCACAUUGUAGGAUUUUUAAUGAAUUUAUUUGCAAAUUAUGGUGGAAAAUAAGUAUUUGGUCAAUAACAAAACUUUCUCAAUACUUUGUUAUAUACCCUUUGUUGGCAAUGACACAGGUCAAACGUUUUCUGUAAGUCUUCACAAGGUUUUCACACACUGUUGCUGAUAUUUUGGCCCAUUCCUCCAUGCAGAUCUCCUCUAGAGCAGUGAUGUUUUGGGGCUGUCGCUGGGCAACACGGACUUUCAACUCCCUCCAAAGAUUUUCUAUGGGGUUAAGAUCUGGAGACUGGCUAGGCCACUCCAGGACCUUGAAAUGCUUCUUACGAAGCCACUCCUUCGUUGCCCGGGCGGUGUGUUUGGGAUCAUUGUCAUGCUGAAAGACCCAGCCACGUUUCAUCUUCAAUGCCCUUGCUGAUGGAAGGAGGUUUUCACUCAAAAUCUCACGAUACAUGGCCCCAGUCAUUCUUUCCUUUACACGGAUCAGUCGUCCUGGUCCCUAAGCAGAAAAACAGCCACAAAGCAUGAUGUUUCUACCCCCAUGCUUCACAGUAGGUAUGGUGUUCUUUGGAUGCAACUCAGCAUUCUUUGUCCUCCAAACACGACGAGUUGAGUUUUUACCAAAAAGUUCUAUUUUGGUUUCAUCUGACCAUAUGACAUUCUCCCAAUCCUCUUCUGGAUCAUCCAAAUGCACUCUAGCAAACUUCAGACGGGCCUGGACAUGUACUGGCUUAAGCAGGGGGACACGUCUGGCACUGCAGGAUUUGAGUCCCUGGCGGCGUAAUGUGUUACUGAUGGUAGGCUUUGUUACUUUGGUCCCAGCUCUCUGCAGGUCAUUCACUAGGUCCCCCCGUGUGGUUCUGGGAUUUUUGCUCACCGUUCUUGUGAUAAUUUUUACCCCACGGGGUGAGAUCUUGCGUGGAGCCCCAGAUCGAGGGAGAUUAUCAGUGGUCUUGUAUGUCUUCCAUUUCCUAAUAAUUGCUCCCACAGUUGAUUUCUUCAAACCAAGCUGCUUACCUAUUGCAGAUUCAGUCUUCCCAGCCUGGUGCAGGUCUACAAUUUUGUUUCUGGUGUCCUUUGACAGCUCUUUGGUCUUGGCCAUAGUGGAGUUUGGAGUGUGACUGUUUGAGGUUGUGGACAGGUGUCUUUUAUACUGAUAACAAGUUCAAACAGGUGCCAUUAAUACAGGUAACGAGUGGAGGACAGAGGAGCCUCUUAAAGAAGAAGUUACAGGUCUGUGAGAGCCAGAAAUCUUGCUUGUUUGUAGGUGACCAAAUACUUAUUUUCCACCAUAAUUUGCAAAUAAAUUCAUAAAAAAUCCUACAAUGUGAUUUUCUGGAUUUUUUUUCUCUCAAUUUGUCUGUCAUAGUUGACGUGUACCUAUGAUGAAAAUUACAGGCCUCUCUCAUCUUUUUAAGUGGGAGAACUUGCACAAUUGGUGGCUGACUAAAUACUUUUUUUCCCCACUGUAUAAUUUCAUCACAAAAGGAAAGCAGCCUCUAUCUGAUUCUGACUGGACUGAUUUUAUUAGCCUGAUUUCCUUUUGUUUCCUGUCACUGUAUGAAUCUCCAUACAACAAGCACAAAAUAGUUCUGUGCCAAUUCUCAGAUGUACAGCUAGAAAGCGGAGCUCCCUUUGGUGCUGCAGGGAGGUGAAAGCAGCCUGCUUGGUGUAAAACAGAGCCAGGAGCUGGUUGGAGCAGAGGAGAGUAGAGAGGAGAGCAGAGGAGAGAGUAGUAGGCAGCAGCACAUUUAUCUCUUUUAGCGCGGCACACAGAAAGCAAACAUGAAGGAGAGUAGAGGCAGAGCUCUCUAUCUCCCCGCCAGCAAGCCGCCCUGCCUGCUUCCCUGCCUGCCGCAGACACUACAGCUUCUGGGCUUUUCAUUCACACCUACACACACAGACAUGCGCCAGCAUGCAUGGAUACACACACGUCUGCAAUCUGCAAACACCCCCCCCACAUCCCCCCCUCUCCGGCAGCAGUGUGGCAAUUAUGUGUGAGUAGUGGUGGCUGAGGGAAGUGAAUUAGUCCUGAAAUGGGCAAUGUUACGUCAUAUAAAUCAGGGGAAUAAAUAUUGUCUCAGGGUUCCCAGGGGACCGCACUAUAUUCUCUCCCCCCUGAGUUGCUGUGCUACCUCUGCAGGACUUCUCACAAGUAAUCAACUCAAAUACUCUUUGAGCUCGGACCAGCGUUUUUCAUGACGGCGCGGGAUGCAUUUAUUGCAUGGCAUUGUCAGCAAGAUACAGAUUGCAGCUCUGCAGGAGAACUGGAGCUGAACAGCCUGUGUUUUUCCCUUCCCUCUCUCUUCCUCUUCCUCUCUCUCUCUCUCUCUCUCUCUGCAGGCAUCAUAUCUACCUUCCUCCAUGUCCACCCGUUUGGAGCCAACAUCGACUAUCUGUGGUCCUACAUUCAGAGACUGGACACUACGGUCAGUUUCUAUAUAUGAAAUAGUCACUAAAAUAGAGAAAGGGAAAAAAGCUGGGGGGAAAUGAAAUCUCAUCUAAUUGUUACACAAAUAAGAAGUUAGACCUGUUAGGUGAUCCCACCUGUCCCUGUCCCUCUCCCGUCCAGGUGUCAGCGAGGGAGUUGGAGUCUCUGAUGGGUCGUCUGCCCAGUGUCUUCAGACAGGAGCUGAGUGGAGUGGGAGCCACACUGGAGAAACGAUGGAAGUUCUGUGGCUUCCAGAGCCUCGGCUCCGUG